GCAGGGAUGGGCUACGCAUUUAGUGCGUCACGUGUUUAUUUUCUUUCUCCUCCUCCCCUGUCGGUCUCCCUCCCUUCUCUAGGUUGAGAUUGAGUCGACUCGAAAAGAAGGGAAUUAUACUCAUAAACACAGAUAGUGUGCGUUGUUUAGGUACUGAGCUGUAGAAGCGAGAGGGAAGAAAACAACCAAUUUCAACUCCUGAUAACUGGUGAAACAGCAGAGGAAUGCAUUAUUCUGUACCUCAUUGCACGGGUCCCUUUUUGAGAGACAAUUUAUCUGCUGUUUAAUGUCAGUCCGAAAUGGCACUUUUGCUGAUUGAGCUUAACGGGGUUGGGCUUUUGCAGCGUGAGUCUUUGUUAUUAUUUUGUAGGGGGUGUGCUGCUACGAUUUGUUGGAGAGUCCGAGUGAAAUGAGUAAAUUCAUUUAGACUGGCAUAGUUCUUUUCUCCUGCUUUACAACGGAAUUAUCUACCAUUAUCUCAUAUUCCCCUUGUAUGGGAUGUGUUUGUUGAACUGCCGCUGUCUCAGGAGUGUCACAUUAAAGCCAUGCAGUUUUUUGGAUUGAGACGCCUGCUCUUUCGUAUCUGGAGUCUUGAUAAAAGAAAUCUGAAGUAAAGAAGUGUGAAAAGAGAACAAUAAAAAUUUAACUAUUCAUGCCACCCAUCUCUUGUGUGUUGACCCGCAUUCGGGGGUGCAGGUGAGAAUAAUUGUUCCCUCCAAGGGGGGUUUGUACUGUUUGUUAUGAUGGCGAGCCCGACGGAGAACGAAAGCUUUUCGGAUGUAAAAAAGGUGGGUUAUUUGAGGAAACCGAAGAGCAUGCACAAGAGGUUUUUCGUUUUAAGAGGCGCUACCGAGGCGGGACCAGCUCGGCUUGAAUACUAUGAGAACGAGAAGAAAUGGAGGCACAAGUCCGGGGCUCCCAAGAGGUCCUUUCCACUGGAGAACUGCUUUAACAUCAACAAGAGAGCUGAUGCCAAGAACAAGUACCUGGUCGCAAUGUACACCAAGGACGAAUAUUUUGCUGUAGCGACCGAUAAUGAGGCUGAGCAGGAAAGUUGGUACCUUGCUUUACUGGAUUUGCACAACCGAGCUAAAGUGCACGAUUCUUUGGGGGCUGAAUGCGACAACAACUACGGAGAUGUCAACCCCGGACCCGCUUUCAAGGAAGUCUGGCAAGUCAUUCUGAAGCCAAAGGGUUUGGGACAAAGUAAAAACUUGGUCGGGAUUUAUCGACUGUGUCUGACCAGUAAGACCAUUAGCUUUGUAAAACUAAAUUCGGACGUAGCAGCUGUGGUUUUGCAGUUGAUGAACAUCCGAAGAUGUGGCCAUUCUGAGAACUUUUUCUUUGUAGAGGUGGGCAGGUCAGCAGUGACUGGACCUGGGGAAUUUUGGAUGCAAGUGGACGAUUCAGUGGUAGCGCAAAAUAUGCAUGAGACAAUUUUAGAAGCAAUGAAGGCAAUGAGUGAUGAAUUUCGUCCCAGGAGUAAAAGUCAGCCCUCGUCAAAUUGCUCAAAUCCGAUCUCCGUGCCCCUUCGAAGGCAUCACCUGAAUAAUCCGCCUCCUAGCCAAGUAGGACUGGGCAGGAGAUCGAGGACCGAAAGUGUCACAGCAACAUCACCCGCUGGACCAUGCAAACAGAACUUUAGAGUAAGAGCAUCUAGUGAUGGAGAGGGAACCAUGUCCAGACCAGCAUCAGUAGAUGGCAGUCCAGUAAGUCCCACAGCCUCCAGAACCCUUACCCAUCGACAGAGAGGCAGUUCAAGGCUUCAUCCACCUUUGAAUCACAGCAGGUCCAUACCUAUGCCAUCUUCACGUUGUUCGCCAUCUGCUACAAGUCCAGUUAGCUUGUCCUCAAGUAGCACAAGUGGUCAUGGGUCUACAUCAGAUUGUCUUUUUCCAAGGCGGUCAAGUGCUUCUGUCUCUGGCUCUCCCAGUGAUGGAGGAUUUAUCUCAUCUGAUGAGUAUGGUUCUAGUCCCUGUGACUUCAGAAAUUCCUUCAGAAGUGUAACUCCUGAUUCAUUAGGACAUACUCCUCCAGCCCGAGAAGAUCUGAAUAAUUAUAUUUCAAUGAAUAAAUUAAGUCAGGUACCAAAUGGACAUUGUAAUAGAGUUAAUCGGUGUGCCUCUUCUAGAGGGGAGGAAGCAGACGUUGAAAAAGGUUUUAGAAAAAGGACUCAUUCUGCGGGUAAUUCCCCUCCCACCAUUUCUCAUCAGAAGACACCUUCUCAGUCUUCAACAGCAUCUUUGGAAGAGUAUACUGAAAUGUUGCCUUCUUACCCUUGCCGUUUGUCAUAUCGACAGUCUGCAUUUGUUCCUACCCAUUCAUACCCCGAAGAGUGCUUAGAACGUCAAAUAGAUAACAGAACUGCUCAUGCGGAUGAUGGCUAUAUGCCAAUGUCGCCAGGAGUAGCACCUGUGCCAAGCAAAAAUGACUAUGUUCCCAUGAGUCCAAAGAGUGUUUCAGCUCCUCAGCAAAUAAUUAAUCCAAGACCACAUUCACGAGUGGAUUCAAAUGGUUACAUGAUGAUGUCACCUAGUGGCAGCUGCUCCCCAGAGAAUACAAACUAUGGCAAAAUGUGGGCCAAUACUACAAAUCCUAAGCUUUCUGUGGAAAGCAAUGAUGGUAAAUUGUGCAGUGAUUAUAUCAAUAUGUCACCUGCAAGUGGAUCUACUACAAGCACUCCUCCAGACUGUUAUUUUAAUCCAGUGGAUGAGUCUGCCAAACCUAUUUAUUCUUAUUUCUCGUUGCCCCGCUCUUUCAAACAUGUUCAGCGGAAAAACUAUGAAGGCCAGUUGGAUGUUUCUGUAAGUUCUGGGCACCUUACCUGUGGAGAAGAUUCCUCUUCCUCAACUAGCAGUGACAGUUUAGGAGGACAAGAAACUAGCCAUCAAGUAGUUAAUCUUAGAAAGCUUGAUUCCUGCAAGCAGUUAAAGGGUAGGCUUACAAGACCAACUAGGUUGUCUCUUGAUAACAAUAAAGCAAAUACACUACCUAGAACUCGUGAGCAUCCUUUGCCACCUGAGCCAAAAAGCCCAGGGGAGUAUGUUAACAUUGAGUUUAAUGAUGAGGCAUUUUCAUCAGCUACUGUGUCUUUAUGUUCUCCUUCAUAUGGAAAAAUUCACCCCAUUCAAGAAAGAGCGGGAGUGUCUGAAUACAUGAAUAUGGAUUUUGGAGCACGUGAGUUUAAGCCUAGUUCUCCAUUAAAAUCUUUAACGGAUAGCACAGGCUCCACAGCUGGCUGUACUAUCAGUGCAUGCAAAACAAAUGGAGGGCAUCCAAACUGUGAUUAUGUGAGUAUGCAGUAUAGCAGUACCUGCCUCAAUUUUUCAGCAUCACCGGUCAUGAUUAAUUACACAGAAAACACCACUGUAAGUAAUCCUUCACCUCAGAGAUCAUACUCACCAAAUCAUGAAAUGCUUCCAUUAGCCAACAUUUCUGAUGCAACAAGUGCCCCUUUGAUGGGCCAAGUUUCAGGGAUGAGUGCUUUUACUCGUGUAAAUCUUAGCCCAAGCCGAAGUCAGGGUGCCAAAGUAAUACGAGCAGAUCCCCAAGGAAGACGGCGACAUAGUUCUGAGACUUUUUCUGCUAGUAGUAUGACCCUGGCAUAUGUAGAUGAUGUUAAACGACACAGUUCUGCUUCUUUUGAGAAUGUCUGGCUGAAACAGGGUGAAUCAGCCACAUCUGGCAGGAAGGAGCAGCAGUCUGUUGGAGCAGUGUCACUAACUGGUGCUUCUGCUGCAUUUGAAGGUGGUCUGAAUUACAUUGAUUUGGACUUGGUUAAUGAGUGUAAUGACUUGGUGUGUGUUCCCCUACAGCCUAAAGCCCCUAGUUUGCCUUGUGGAAGAAACUCCACUGAUGAUUCAAGUGCAUAUGCAAGCAUCAGUUUCCAGAAACCAGAGGACUUCCAAAGAUAUCCAGCAAAAAGAGAAGAUAGGAAAACUGGCAAGACAGCGCUCCUCCCUGAAACACAAAAUGACAUCUUCCAGAACUUCAUCAGAACCUCGUUAACUAGAGGGGACCUGGACAAUACAAUGUUUCACAAACUUGCAACCUAGACCUCACACCUUUUCCUUCAGUAAAUGGUACGAAUGCAUCCAGUUCACUUUGUUUACUUACUACAAACCUCAGGAUUUUGUUGACCGAACUGCACAUUCUCUACUAGUGCCAAGCAAAAGCACUAUGGCACCUGAGCAUGUCUGCCAUUUCACUUCAACUUUUUCUACUGUUAAGAAUUUCACUGUCUCUCAGAACUGGUAUUUUACUGUCAUCAUUCUGUUGUGAUGACAUCAGGUAUUUGGUUAACAUGUUUGCAGAACACUAUGUUAAUUCUCAUUUGCUGCUGAGAAACGUGCUACGUAUAGUUGUAAAUUAUUGGAAAACUAUUGAGUUGUUUGGAGAGUAUUAAAUAUUUAACAUAGGUUUGAUUUAUACAGGUAAUUUUUGAAUUGAAAAUUUUACUUUUUUAGCACAUCUGUUUUGAUGUGUUACUGAAAUAUUUUCUAAACAGAGAGGCGCUUAAAACAAGUGUAAUAAUGAUAGUUUUAGGGUACUAUUCCUAUUUUAAGAUUGUAAUUCAGAAAUAGUACGAGUUGUAGGCCUUUGGAGGGCCUAACUUGUACAGUCCCAUUUACCGAUACUGUCUCAUGUAUCAUAAUCUUAAUGUUGAGCUGAGUUCUGUCCAGAACAGUUUUGCACUUGUGUAAAGAUAUGUUGUAUUAACUAAACUGAUGACAGAUUUACCAAGCGUGGUACUUACAGUUAGUCUGAAUGCCUCAGUUGCACAAAAAACACAAAUAGUAAUAAUCAAAGUCUUCCGUUGUACAUAAUGUAAAAAUAAUAAUAAUUAUUAAUUGGUAAACUCUGCAGACUCCCUGGAAUAAACAAUGUGGUGUUUGUAAAUUCUGGAAAUCUCUUUCUAUAAAUAAUAAACUAGAAGCUCUAUCUUUUUUUCUGGAAA